UUUACCACCAUUAUCAUCAUCUCUCUAUCACGCACACAUAUUCUUCCUUUACCUUAUUUUAUAUAAGAAAUGGCUUCUUAUGAAUCACAAAGAGAUGUCGCUGAAUUGGCGACCCUUGAACAAACUAAAAAGAAUGUGGAGGAUGUCGAGGAGGUUCUAAAGAAACUCGAACAAACUUAUUUGGGGAAGGAAAAAGUCACAGAUGAUACGCUUUUGAGUGACGAAGAAAUGGAAAAGUUCAAUCAGAUGAUGAACUGUGUAAAACUUCUGAACAAUUGUUUGACAAAGAUAGGACAGUCAUUGCCGCUAAAAGAAGGAGAAAGAGAAUUAGUUGAAGUUGAAGUUGAUUUCAAGAAUAUACCCUAAUUAAAUGUUGAAUCAUAACAAUAACGAUGAUGGUGAUAUAUGUCAUAUGUUGGUUCUUUUUUUUUUUUUUUUUUUUUUUAACAUCUGAUAUUACUUUAGUUUAUCUCAAGAAGUCCAUAGAAACCUUCAAAUUUCCAUUGACACCAAUUAUUUUCACCAUGGCAUGAGGGAAUUAGCUCGAUACGGGUUCAAAAUUAAUCAAACUAUCAAAGGCUUGGAUGGAUUUGAUUAUGAGUUAAAUAAGUUUCACUUAAAUUU